GUCGAUACUCACUCGUUUCAUACAUGUCCAUUUCCAAAACAAAGUAGAACGCAAAGCCUGGCUCUGGCCACCGAGGCAUUUUAUGGCAGUCAUGCAGCUGAGGAGGUUAAGGUACCUAUUUCCCACCAAAGCCUUCGCGAGGACUUGUCAUUAUGAGCAACUCGGCCUAUGUAGGCUGUCUUUGUGCCAACAAACAAUAGACCGUGCCAUAAUUAACUUAGUCCAAACAAAGGCCGGGCGGGAAUUCCUCUCUUUGUGCAUGGCUCAAGUUGCAAGGCCAUUGUUCACAGCCGGAGUCCGGGACAAGCCCCUUUGUGCACCCGAGUCUUCAUAAACAGCCAGAUACAACCAUGAUCAGAACUGCUGUUUAUUACCCCUCCCUUCAAUUCAUCUAUUCACUUUCACUUUCACUUACCACCAACAACCCAUAGACACUACCAUCACAUCAAUCCUCCACCAUGCCGCGAAUAUCCUUCUCAUCACCCAUUGGUAGUGAUGGGGACAUCCACGAGGGCAACGUCCAAUCCGACGACAGCGAAUUCAACGAAUCCAUGGACGAGAUAAUGCAGGACCAACAAGAAUACUACCUCGAACCCGCCUCCCCCCAAGCAGCCGAGUACUUCCCCAUGCUGCCGGAAGGCUUCAACCAGGGUGACCACGAAUUCCAAGACCGGCCCGAAGACGACAACCCCGCCGUCAACGCCGAAUUCCCCCACCACCACCUCACCUACACCUGCUACCCCAUGCGUGCGCCCGACGCACUCCGGCGGAACGUGCUCAACCCAACUAGCAACGCGUUCCUCCGCCCUGGGUCCAGUCAAGACUUCCCCGACGGUUUGCGUCUGAUCUUCGUCAACUGGCUCAAGAAAUACGACCUCAACGCCACAACCGGCGUCUCCGUCGGUCUAUGGCGGACCGUCGGUCCCGACCCGCUACUGGUAGUCGUCAAACGCAUCAAAGGCUGGAAAGGCCGGUGGCGUCCAGACGGGUACCAGCAGCGGAUUCCGAAUGCGGGAGAAGUACCGGGGGAGAUUGCAUACAACAAUCUUCCCGAUCCGACGGGUCGCACGCUCAAGUUUAGCUUCUUGUACCAUCCGCACCUGACUUGCUUGCCGCAGACGCACGCGUUCCAGUUGAACAACUGGCCGGAGGAGAACGUGACGCACUUUGGCAAGUUUUAUAAUGGCGGACAGGUGGAGGACCUGAUUGAGAGGUAUAAGAAGCAGGGCAAGCCGAUUCCGGAGGCGAUGAUUUGGCAUGUUAUUGCGCAGGUGGGGAGGGCGUACAAGUUUGUUCAUACGGGACGGACGAUGCCGGAUAAGACGCAGGAGAGAGGCUGGGUGAGGGGACCGCCGCGCCGGGGGAGGGAGGAGCAGGAGUGGAAGGCGAGGGAGGAGGAAAGAGCUGCGGAUUGGGUGCCCACGGCCCAUUGUGAUGGGCAUUCGGCGAAUAUUUGGCUGCAUUUUGUGACGCAGUAUGAGAGGGAGCAUGAUCGGGAGAACUGUCUCGAGCACUUUGACGAUUAUUUUCCGCAGGUCAUUCUGGGUGACUUUGGGCUGGCGGUGGAUCGGGAGAGUAAUAAUAGCUUUUGUUUGAUGGCUGAGGAGUGUCCUGAUUUGCCGGAUAGGGAAAGCUGGAAGGAUAAGGCCGAGUUUGGCCUGACGCUGCAUCAUAUGCUCCUGGCCGGCCGCCGGGAUCUGCUUCGGUUCACGAUGCAGGCAAUUCCCGAGGACUGGGCGGAGAAAUGGGCUGAGUGGCUGGAUGCUAACUACUCGAAGACGCUGAUUGAUGUGGUCAAGCGGUUCAGUCACGUGGCGCACUUGUGCGACCAAAACCGACUGGUAGGGAUUGUUUCUUUCGCGAGGCUGAUGGAGAGGGAUUACCAAAGGUGGAAAGACGGGUUUCCUCUCCUUCUGGGGCCUUGUAAUGAAUGGUUCCACCACACGAUGAUCGAUCUGGCGGAUAAAGAGGUGGACGAGCGGCGCAGGUUCCGGGAUGGCGUCGAGAGCGUGAGGUGGGCGACGGGGCAGCGCAUGAGCACGAUGCCGUAUCAGGUCCCGAAUAGGACCAAGUAUAGCAGAAAGAUAACGCGUCCCAACGCCGAAAGACCUGAGGAUCGACAGGUCGCUGUUCCGCUGGACGGUAGAGAGACACUGCGCAGCAAAGCAAGGACCAUCUACACCCGCAAGCUCCGGCGGCCUGUUACCGGGGCCUUCUUCCGUCACCCGCCAGAGCCGGCUCACCGUGUUGACAAGGACAAGCUCUGGGUGAGCAAGACCUAUCGGUUGGAAAGGAUCCGGUACCGCAAACCCCGAGACAUCAAAGUCGAAUCCGAUCUCAAGGGAGACCUCAGGCGCGAACAGACACCGUUUACCCCGCCGCCGAGUCCUGGUGAGGUGGAGGGGAUAGAGAGGACAAUGUUUGGACCGCCGGGGCCGUGGAAUUCUUGGGUGCUGCAGUGGGACAGGGAGGGACGAGGGGAUGGAGAUGAAAGUCCCACGCUGAAGGAUUGGAGCCGCUUUGGAGUGAACCAGAACGGGGGAUCAUCAGUGUCGGAUGAGGGCUUGGUUAACAUUCCACUUUGGUAGUAUCAUUAAUCCAUUUUCAAGAAAUGAGCGUAUGAGCCAGAGAGGCCAUACGGUUGAGAGGUAUCGGUGGAUGCAUGGAGGCUGUUGGUAGAGGCUGCUCAAGCCUGAACAUGUUCGUACUUGAUAGAUGCGCUGAGAGAAAGGAACUUGUCCAUAACAGGUCGUGUUGUAAUGAGAACCUAGAAAGUCGAUAAUUAGAGUGUGUCGUUAAGAAAGGGUUGAUUUGGUGCCACGGCGAUCAGCGGGUUGUAAGAUGAAAGAGUUGACGUUGAAAGAAGCUUU